AUGACCAUCACAUACACAGCGGAAGUUGCCACGUGCAGAGGAUUCGGAUGCUUCCUCAAGCUCCUGCUAAGAUGGCGCGGAAGCAUCUACAAACUAGUAUGGCUGGACUUGGUUACAUUUCUCUCUAUUUAUUAUACACUUAAUCUCAUCUAUCGCUUUGUCUUGGAUGAAGAGCAAAAGAAUUACUUUGAUGGCUUGGUCAUUUACUUCAACUCCUACGCAAAUCUCAUUCCUCUCUCCUUCGUUCUGGGCUUCUACGUCUCAAUGGUGAUGACACGAUGGUGGGAUCAGUACCUAACAAUCCCUCUACCCUUUUCCAUCUCUGUACUUGUUAGUGCAAAUAUUCACGGACAGGAUGAAGGAGGACGUUUAAUGAGACGAACUAUAGUCCGGUACGUUUGCCUCUGCAUUACAAUGGUUUUCAUAAAUAUCUCUCCGCGUGUGAAGAGGCGCUUUCCAACGCUCCAGCAACUCGUAGAGGCUGGACUCCUCACGGAAAACGAACGUGCAAUAAUAGCAAACAUGAAUGAACGUUUUCCGCGUCCUUCGAAGCACUGGAUGCCAAUAGUUUGGGCAGCAAGUAUCGUGACGCGUGCCCGGAAAGAAGGAAGAAUACGUGAUGAUUUUGCCGUAAAGUCAAUGAUUGAUGAAUUAAAUAAGGUCCGCCUAAAAUGCGGGAUUCUUAGUGAAUACGACACCAUCAGUAUACCUCUCGUGUACACGCAAGUAGUCACCAUAGCUGUCUAUUCGUACUGCUUUGCAACCAUUAUGGGUAGUCAGUGGCGUGACUAUGAUGACGAAAUUAAUGGCUUCUCAAUUCCACUGAAUUUCCCCUUUUUCGCAACCCUCCAAUUCUUCUUCUACAUGGGAUGGCUGAAAGUAGCUGAAGUCCUCAUUAAUCCCUUUGGGAAGGAUGAUGAAGACUUCGAAGUGAACUGGAUGGUGGAUCGGAAUCUCCAGGAAACAUACAUGAUUGUCGAUUUUAUGCACGAUGAACAUCCCGAGCUGGUUAAGGAUCAAUACUGGGAUCAAGUCUUCCCUAGCGAGCUACCUUACACAGAGGAAACAAAAGAAUUCCGCGAACAACCACCGAAAUCAUCAACUGCUGACAUUGAAGUCCAGAAAACACCUUCGAAGACUUCAGUGGACAUCAAAACGGUUGGUACUAGAAGUCUUAUUCUUUAG